AUGACUUCUUCAUCGCAGCACAACUCGACCAACAAUGCAUUCGUCACCCUCUUGACAUCCGAUCAUUACUUGCCCGGCGCGCUUGUUCUGGCAGAGUCACUCCGUAUUACUCAUGGCAACUCUAGAAAGGGCAAGCUCAGAGCUGAUGCUCCAACAUCAUCUCCUGCCAACUUUCAACUGGUAGCGCUUAUCACUCCCGAUACCCUCUCUGUACAAUCCGUCAAGGCGUUGCGGCGGAGCGGCUUGUUUGAUUGGAUCGUGGGUGUAGAGCCUAUUGGCUUCCGUCAGAUCCUCGCGUCCUCGCCGCCACCCGGCAUCCCAAUAGCUGUCAACGACCAUGCCACAGUCGUACCCUCGGCUACGCUCGAUUCAGAGCUCAACGACAAGAUCCUCCAGAUGGAGCGUAACCUCAACCUCUUGGGUCGACCUGACCUGACCAACACCCUCACCAAGUUGCACGCAUGGAGGCUCGGUCGCGACUCGGCUCAUCUCAUUGUUCAUGGCGCCACAUCCACGCAAGACGCAGCUCAGGUAUGGCAAGGCUUUGACAAGCUCGUUUUUCUUGAUGCAGACACAUUGGUGCUUCGCCCCAUCGAUCAUCUCUUUCGGCUCGGGAACAACGUCCACUUUGCUGCUGCCCCAGAUACUGGCUGGCCUGACGCCUUCAACAGCGGUGUCAUGAUGCUCACCCCUUCCAGCUCAACAUUUGAAGCCAUUCGAUCCUUUGCUCGCACUACUGGCUCUUGGGAUGGCGCCGAUCAGGGUCUACUCAACGAUUUCUACGGUCCGGAAGAUGGCUCCGAAGAUGCCGCCGCCGGUGUGCAAGGUGCCGUUUCUGCUCCAGGAGGUGGGUGGAAAAGACUCAGCUUCCGGUACAAUGUCACCAGUCACGGUGGUUACACUUUCGCGCCAGCCUACCAACGCUAUGGCCAAUCAAUCAACAUUGUUCAUUUCAUUGGCCAGCACAAGCCCUGGAAUCGUCCGAGACCGUCCGGUGUCGCAGAGCCAGACCCCUUGGUGGGCCCCCGCGAUCUUGAUAGCCAGUCCAUCACACCAGACCAGCCAGACUAUCUACUCGCAAUCUGGCACAGCGCAUUCGCAUCCCUUUACCCUUCCUCGGGCUCCACGUCACCCGAUAGCGAGAUCGAAAUCGUCCAUACCGAGCGCGGCGUCGAGGUUGUCGAGCGGCGCAAGUUCACCGUCCCAACCUUCCACGCUGUGUGGGAUGCGGAAGCGCGCGGGGACCAAGCCACAAUCUCCCCUGCUAACGCAUCUGCAUCUGCGCAUGGUGCGCCUAGGUUGGACAGUCAUUUCUCCCGAGAAGCAGCAUACGCCAGUCUGCCUUUGGACGGCAGAACUUCGUUGAUUGCACCUGCGCCCCAGAUCACACGUUCGCCCUCCCCGCCAACACCAACGCAAGAGAGCAUCGACGCCGAGUUGCGUGCUAGGGAGCCUGCUCAAGCCACACCUGCCUCUGCUCCCAUCACCAUCCCCGCUCGUGAUCAAGCUGAGGAUGGAAAUGAUAGCGACCACUCGCCACAGCAUUUUUCGCCUCCAAAGUUGACUUGGAAUCCAGCGCACGAACCUCCUCCGAGCGGAUCUGACGCUUCGUUGUACCAGAUGCGAACUCCCAUCGACGCGUUCUACUCGAAUGUAUGGGAUGCCGGCCAACGAACACCACGCACACUCGCUGAGCAGAAAGCAGCUUUCUUCGUGCCGCAGAAUGCCACAUCAAAGCAGUCCGGUGGUCGUCCUCAGGGUGGCCCUGGUUACAUCCCCCCUCAACUCCGACGUGAUCGUGUCUUUGACAAUCUUGGCUCGCAUCAGCCCGACCCAAGCAAAGUCAGGCCCAUUUUCCCGUGGGAGAGCAAGCAAUUAUCAUCUAACGCCCCUACCCGCAUAUUCCCGGAUGAGCCCCGUCGUCCGUCCCCGCCGCCUUCUGCCGAUACCACGCCUACGCUCGGAAGCACGCAAGAUGGCUCAUUCCGUGCAACUGCGACUGCACCGGCACCAGUGCAGCGUCCAAGAGGUCUUCCUGCCAAUCUGUCGUUCGUCAACGCAUGGGAUCAGGCAGGCGCCAUCGGCGACUUUGCUACUGCGUGGAAUCGACACACACAUCCACCUUCGCCGGAUAGGCGGAGGUCGCGCCCGAUUGAAGCGGGUCGCAGUGGGGCCAGCUCGAGAGAUUCUGAUCCCGCAAGACCGGUGGACAGACGAAGGACCGCAGGAGGAUCGAGUGGGUCUCUUCGUUCCGAUGCGCCCGUCAACCCAUUCCGUCCUAUGUCUGCGGUGUUUCUCGAACGCAGAUCUAGCCUGAACGACGGCGAAGAUGCACGUGAUGGCGAAGCGUCGGACAGCAGGGAUGGGGACGACGAGUCGUCCGACGGCGAAGAUUCUUCGGGUCACGAAAACACAUCGCAAGUCGUGACGGAGCGGGAUGCGACUCCUUCGCCGACCAACUCGCGCCAACUCGGCAGGCCACGCGAGGGACCUGGACGAGGCUACAUGAAAAAAGCGGAGAAUUCGGUGCAUGCUCAGAUGAACGCGACACCACGAAGUCCGCGAAUGGGGGCUCGCGUUCUGUCGUAUACCUCGACCGCCACGGAGGGCGAGGGCAGGAGUGGUGGUGGGGGCCGGUUUUCGUCGUCCAGCAGCGCGUCCAGUUCGACUGUCAUGAGCGACCGUGCGGCAGCCGCGAGGCAGCGAGCAAGGGAUCGCAUUCGACCUGACGGAUGGGUCUCGACCGGCUCGGCGGGGUCGGGAAUGAGCUCGCCUCCUCCUGGUGGCUAUCCCGCUGCGUCGUCCUCGCUACGCGGCAUUCCAGGCAUGGCAGCGGGUGGCGCGUUCGUGCCUGCCUACCCUAGCAUGACCGGCAGGAGACGCGAAGCCGGCUCGUCCAACGAAUCUCAAUCCGGCGAGUCGGGCGCGAACUCCCCCACCGCUCUGCUCAGUCCCACCAUUGGCAGCAGUUUCAGCUCGACCAUGCCCUUCGGUGGAGGCAGCACGAUGAAUGUUGCACGCAAUUUUGGCGCGGCUGUUCCGCAGCCUGUGCCGAGCAGAGUUCCCAACCCUCCGUCGUUAGACGAACCGUUCAGCUCGAGCCCAGUGAAUUUGCGGUCGGAGCUGUCGCAGCAGGCGAGGGCGCAUCACCAGGCAAAGUAUGCAGCUGCAGCGAGGUAUCCGCGUCUUUCUUAG